AUGCCAAAGCUCUGCCACCUCGAGAUAGGAAACAUGCUCAUUAAGACUAGAGUUGUUGUCAAGAUCGCCUCCGAGUGCCAUGACCUCAAGUUCUUAGCUUUGCAUGGUUGUUGGGACGUCGAUGAUAAGCUCUUACAAGAGAAAUAUCUUGGGAUAAAAACCCUCGGCCCCCAUGUGGAGACUGCUAUGAGAAUCGCGUCAGUGCGCAAUCUCUCAAUACUUUGGAGAUUUCGAGGAGCAAUGUCAUGCACAAAGAGUUCACUAGGUUACAUUGCUGGAUGUAAAGCAGCUGCACCAAGAUUGGCGCCUAUGCUCUGGAGGCAUUUAGCAAGAACGAAAAAUCCCUGGACAGAUUUCUGCGAGUCAUACACUCCUUUAGAGAUAUGA